UACAUUUCCCACGAUGCAGCUCGCGCCAGAAGAAGGGCUGCCCGCGUUAAAGCCUGAAUGGGAUGAGGAUUGUGUUUGGCUUUUUGAGGCCUAGCCUUCCUGAUCAGAUCCAUUGCUCUCAGCGGUCAAGGGAUGGCACUUAAAGGAGGGCUUUUCAGCUGCAGCGACCCUGUCUUCUGGAGAGCGGUUCAAGGCCUCUAUCAGGACGCAUUGAGCGCCAAAGCCAGCAAGCGGAAGGAACUCAUCGCCUUGGAUCAAUGGUAUCAGGAGGAGCUCCCGAUUGCUGUGGCAAAGCGGGUGAAGAAAUACUUAAGAAAAGCGGAGGUGGUGAAGCUGAUGGAGUGGAAACUUUGUAGAGGGAAAUUUCGACCUCGGCUGCAGCAACUGGUGGCAACGAACUCCAAUGAAAUGGUGGAGGAAUGUACCACAAAGGCCUUCCAACUCCUUCCUGACGUAUCAAGGGCAGUGCAAGAACUCUGCAAGCUGAAGGCUGUGGGACCAGCCACAGCUUCAGCUAUUCUGACAGCUGGAGCCCCAGAUACAGCAGCAUUUAUGGCUGAUGAAGUCCUGGAGUCCAUCCCUGGCCUCAGCCCGGUCCAAUACACCCUCAAGCACUACUUGCUCUACCUAGACAAAAUCCAGAGUUGUGCUGAAAAGCUAAACAAAGCCGACACAGAGAAAACAUGGACGCCUCAUGGUGUGGAGCUGUGCCUGUGGGCUUGGGCUGUGGCAGACCGACUGCAGUUGCCCUCACUGCAGGCUCUGAGCCUGGAAAAAACGGAAGCGGGUCAUGAUGGUGGUGCAGAAAUGCCCAGGAAGAAGCAGAGAACAGAAUGAGAACCUCCAGGCUGCCAUAUGUUUUUACUCCUGUCCUCAAUAUGGAUGUUGAAGCCAAAUUGCACCCGAAAGCAGCACAUUUCUUCCAAAUCUAAGGAAUGGUGAGGAGAAGUUGUAGUAAUGGUGCCUGCGGAGCAGAUGAGGUAACUGUUUAAAGCAAGAGUUGCCACGGUGCAACCUGGCAGAAUUGGUCUGUCUGGAGAGGCACAAGACAAAGGCACACCUUCUUCCUCUUCCCCAAGAAAAAAAAAUCCAUAACAUAUCUUUUCAGCCAUAAUAGUAAUAAUGAAUUCUGAACUUACAGGGUGAUUUCCCCUUCCUUCAUUUCUCACCCCCCCCCCCCCCCCCCCCCCC